UAAAGAAUGCAAAUACCCACGAGGGGACGGAUGCAGGAUAAGGAAAAAAAGGUGCAAGUGCCAAAGCGGAACAGAAAAAUUCAAUAUGGUGACCACAUUCCACGAUCUGAAUAUACCGAGGGAGUCCGAAGGAAUAAUAACCGUUGUAGCAACAGGUUGUCAAAAGAAAUGCAGUAUUACGAGAAAGCACAGAAAGUGAUAAUGAAAAAUCUUGGUAAGGAAACUCAGCAGCUUCACGCCCGAAUGUCCUCGACUUUGGCCACUCCCCGUUUGGAAGAAAUGGAAAGUCCAAGUCUACGCAUGACCAAUCCAUUUGCAGUAUAUGGUUCUCCCGUAAUUCCCUUCCUGAAAAUGGAUCAUCCGAGACGCCAGCAACUUAAACCGAUACCCUUCAGCAAACUACGAGAUCCAUUUCAUACACCACGCACAUCCCUUACGUCAAGCUCUAUGAAAAUGACGUUAGCAAACAAUGACGACAUGAUUGAUAAACGAAGUAAAGCUAGCUCUCAGUCCCCAACCAGAAGAUUUGAAUUAUCUAGUCCUGUUAAAGUGACAAGUCCCUAUAAAAUUUUACUCUCAGAUACUACAUCUGAAAGCUUCGGGAGACUCAUGCUGCGCAGUGACACAGAUAUGUCUUUUACUGAAUUCGGAAGUACAUCACACAAAGAUGGCCGUCGUAGCAUAGCAGAGAGCAUGCGCGCAACAAGUAGACUGAAUUCUGGUAGAAGCAGUCAUGUUAGUUUCAUAGAUAUUUUAAAAGAAGCCGAGGAAAGGAAAGCAAAAGAAUCGAUUUCUGUUAUCAAAGAGGAUGACAUCAAACCUUUGUCGAGUUCAAAGAUGCGUCCCAAAACCCCUGGUCCAAUGUCGAACUAUGACGACCCCAAAUCAGGCAAGAAGACUGAAGAACUUAUUCCUAAAUCUACCCAUCUGACCGCCACUCCAAAGGCAACUUUUGUUAACAUCCCUUCUUGAUUGUGCUGUUGAAUUCUAGUUAUUUCCUCAGUAGUUUAAUGAUUCCACAUGAAACGAAGUGUUAUUUUGUAAAACUACU